GACAAUGACUCCCAUUGAUAGGGCGGAGACAUGAGCGUCUCGUCAUUAUAUAAAACAUCUCUGCUCAUGAGCAUGGGAUAAAUCGUUUGAUGAAUCAUACAUACAUACCCUUACCUCGGUGUGACUGGAGCAUUUUCCUCCGAAUUAACGGCAACGUUUAGCUUAAAACUUUUAAAAGUGUUGAAUUACAACGAAAUGAAGCGGUAUGUUUUUCUGGGUGUUCUUUCGAUGUAUUACCUCCAAGUGUCAAGCUCGAGCUCUGCCGCGCACGGGUGUUUCUGCCAGGUGACCGGUAGCUUGGAUGACUGCACUUGUGAUGUGGAGACAAUUGAUGCCUUCAACAAUGAGCGACUCUUCCCCAAACUUCAGAAGCUGCUUGAGUCUGACUAUUUCAGGUUUUAUAAGGUGAACCUGAAUAAGCCAUGUCCAUUCUGGACAGACAAUGGCCUCUGUGGGCAAAAGAACUGUGCCGUGAUACCAUGUACACCAAAUGAGGUUCCAGAGGGAAUCAAAACAAAUGGCCAUCACAAUAAGUACUCAGCUGAAGCAAACAACCAGGAGUGUGAGAAGGCUGAGACGCUUGGAGCAGUGGACAGCUCCCUCAGUAAGGAGACCAGGCAGGCCCUCCUGGAAUGGAACAAGCAUGAUGACGAGGCAGAGCGAUUCUGUGUGAUUGAUGAUGAGGAGUCUCCUGAUUCCCAGUACGUGGAUCUACUGCUAAAUCCAGAGCGCUUCACUGGAUACAAGGGGCCAGAGGCCUGGCAAAUCUGGAACAGCAUCUAUGAGGAGAACUGCUUCAAACCGUACACUGUGAAGCGACCUCUAAAUCCUAUGGUAUCUUACAGUGGAACUGAUGGGAAGACAUUUUACAGUUGGCUGGAUGGCCAGUGUGUGGAAAAGAGGGCUUUCUUUCGGCUCGUCUCUGGGCUCCACUCUAGCAUCAACAUACACCUGAGUGCCCGGUACCUCCUAGAUGACAACUGGUUCCAGAAGAAGUGGGGUCACAAUGUCUCUGAGUUCCAACAACGUUUCGAUGCCCAGCUGACCAACGGCGAGGGCCCAAAAAGGCUGCGCAACCUCUACUUCCUCUACCUGAUCGAGCUGCGUGCCCUGGCCAAAGUCCUGCCUCUUCUCCAGCGCCCCUCCUUCCAGCUGUACACUGGCCAACCCACCCAGGACCGACAACACAAACGCGUUCUCCUAGAGCUCCUCCAGGUGGCCAAGUCUUUCCCUUUGCACUUUGACGAGACGUCUCUGUUUGCUGGGAAUAAGGAGGAAGCUGCCAAUCUCAAGGAGGAUUUCAGGCUGACCUUCCGCAACAUCUCCAGGAUCAUGGACUGUGUGGGCUGCUUUAAGUGCAGGCUCUGGGGAAAACUACAGACUCAGGGGUUAGGCACAGCCCUGAAGAUCUUGUUUUCCGAGCGACAGAUCGAGGCUCUGCCCAAAUCCAGCAGCGGCCGGCUCACUUUCCAGCUCAGUCGCCAAGAGAUAGUGUCUCUCCUCAAUGCCUUUGGAAGGAUUUCAACCAGCAUCAGAGAGUUGGAGAACUUCCGAUCACUGCUGUCUAAGGUCCGGUAGCCUGAGCCCACACGUCCCUACAGAGAGCCACAUACCCACAAAAGAAUAACCAGGCUGAUUAGAAAUGAUUCAAAAUACAACAGCAUCAGCAUGUAGCUGGGGUGUUUGGGGCUGCUGAAAGACACAAGUGAAAGUCCUGACAAGUGACUUACAAGGGGUCUAACUAAACAAACAAAGGAACAUGGGCCGUAGCCAAUCCCCUUUUAGCUACUUGCCAAUAAGGGUGUUUUCACACAGUUUUGAUCUACAGUUCGAAUCAGAGUUUGAGUAUUUGUUACAUUGUUUUUUUUUAAAUUGUUCCGGUUGGUUUCACAUGCGGGUCACAAAUGUCAAACGAACUAAAAUUCCUAAACAAAACCACCUGUCCAUUCAAGGCAUCGUUUUUUGGGGACAAAAAUGCUCACGUUAAAUCAAUCUGAUUAUCAUGAAGCAUUUUAAAGUCACACGUCAAAUAACACAGUUUAAUUGUAGAAUCUUGUGUUGGACCGCAACUUCUGGUAUUCUUCAGUUCAUGAAAAGAAAUAGCUAGCCAGCUACUAAAACCUGUUGCCCAAAGCUAACGUUAUACGCAGCCAGCUAGCUUCAUGAGGCACGAUUGGACCGGGUUAUGUGUUAUGAAGCUAGCCACAAUGACGAUUAGGCACAAUAUUGGAAUUUGCCAUUUUGCCUUUUUGAAAGUGAUGCAGAAGGUUACAAUUGGUGGUCCUGCCUUAUUUAGACUAGAUAAUGUCAAACAAGGUUGGAAUGUGAAGCAAUGAAAUAGGGUGUCAGUCUACUUGGUGACACACACAGAACACAACUGUGAAGAGUUUACACAAAUAUUAGCGUUGUAGCUCUUAUCGCGGGACUGUGACUGGGUGAAAUCACCUCCCAGUUAGCCUAUUGUGUGUAUUGACAUUCAUAUUGCACUGUACAGCUUUACCUAAGGAGUGGGGAUCAAUGAAAUGGGCUAUCAGUCUACUCAAUACCCAAUAUAUUUUUUCCCAACGUCCUCCUCAGAGGUAUCAGACUUGUUUUUCCUCUGGAAUAGUGUUCAAUACACAUAGGUUGAGAAUAAAUGUGGCUCAGUUCUUUCAGAGUCCCACAAUAAGAACAACGAUACUAAUGUUCUCAGGGUGUCACUGAGUAGACUGAUACCCCAUGUCAUUGAUCCACAAUCCAUAAUCCAUAGGUAAGGCUAGUGGUUGUGUUGGGCCAGUAACCGAAUGAUUGCUAGAUCGAAUCCUCAAGCUGCCAAGGUAAAAAAAAAUCUGUCGUUCUGCCCCUGAACAAGGCAGUUAACCCACUGUUUCUAGGCCAUCAUUGUAAAUAAGAAUUUGUUCUUAACUGACUUGCCUAGUUAAAUGAAGGUUAUAUAUGUAUAUAUAUAUAGAUGAUAUGUAUAUGUGUAUAUGUAUAUAUAUAUAAAUGUUGUACAGUGAAAUAAGUAUGCCCCUAAUGCAAUUCUAAAGUCUAAUACAUCCAGUGUGAAUUAAACAGAUUAUUGUCUUUUGAUUUUAUAUGACAUUUCAACCUCGUUUAGCAUGAUCUAUUCAAUUAUGUCAUAAUUCUACUAUUUGUAUUCAUUUGCAUCACUGUCAAUGACACUUUUAUUUUGAAGGCUAACCGCAAAGUCCACUAUUGUGGCUAGCUUCACAUAGAUGGUCCGACCACCAUUCAUCAAAUAAGAACGGUCUUAUAAAUUAGGGUUAUUUUAGAUGACACCAAGCUAGCUAACUAUAGCUACUGAAACAGAUUGUCGUUUUGCUUUGUUUUUGGGGAAGAACAUUGUUUGCAUCCAUGAGCUAGCUAUCUUUUUUUAUGACUAGCACUGUAGGUGCGCGAGACAACUUUACCAGCAUCAUAACAUACGUAUCGAUGAAUCGUUGUGACAUAUGAGUGAUUGUGUAAUAACUAUGUACAAAAAUUAUGAACGCGUUAAAUGUAUGUGACGUGUAGUCAUAUUCAGGUCCUGAUUGGUCAACAAGCUUAUUUGACACGUCUAAUAGUGUUGUUUGACGUGUAUCUUGUUUUGACAUGCAAAGACCCAAACGGUGUUCCAUAGUAUAGCUCUCCACUAAUCUGCAUCGGAUGCGCUCAUAGAUGGGCUGCUACUCUGAGAAUGUUUCAGAAAUACAAAGUUAUGAUGCUGCGUGCAUUUCAUCAAAUGGUCGCAGUCAAACAACCAUUAAUACUGCAGUUAUGAUGCUGCGUGCAUUUCAUCAAAUGGUCGCAGUCAAACAACCAUUAAUACUGCAGUUAUGAUGCUGCGUGCAUUUCAUCAAAUGGUCGCAGUCAAACAACCAUUAAUACUGCGCGACUCGGGUUAUUGUCCUGUGUUUGGUCUGAACCGCACCACGGUACAAAUUAAUCGGGGAAAACCCGCUCCAAACCAAGUGGAUGUGAAAGCCCACUUAGAUACUGAAUUAGGUAAAAAUAAAAAGUUGGACAGUUUUGCUUCCAGUACUUUUUCACAAUGGGUUUAUUGGCGAGUGGUUGACUACGUUAUCCUCAAACAUUUUGCACACCACAUAUGUAAAACGCGUUGACCAUUGAUAUGUGUACACUCCUCAGGGCUUUUCUAUGUGCUGUAAGGCAACUGAAUGUAAUGGGAUGCUUUCUAUGAGUGAAAAAAUAAACAUUGGCGUGUCCUACAUCA